AUGGACGAGCUCAAGAUUGCCUCAGACGGCCUUGUUGAACAAGACCUCGCAACUCUGGAUGCAACCAAGCUGAACCCCCUGUCCCCACAAAUCAUCAGCCGCCAAGCCACAAUCAACAUUGGCACCAUCGGCCAUGUCGCCCACGGCAAGUCCACGCUUGUGAAGGCCAUCUCUGGCGUGCAGACAGUUCGAUUCAAGAGCGAGUUGCGACGAAACAUCACCAUCAAGCUUGGUUACGCCAACGCCAAGAUCUACAGGUGCAGUGCGUGCCCUCCUCUUCUCAGAUACAAGUCCCAAGGCAGCUCACACCCUGAUGUGUCCCGCUGCCCACGCCCCGGCUGCGAGGGUCACCUGCGGUUGCUUCGCCACGUGUCCUUUGUUGACUGCCCUGGUCACGAUAUCCUCAUGGCCACCAUGCUCAACGGCGCCGCCGUCAUGGACGCCGCUCUCCUCCUCAUUGCGGGCAACGAGUCCUGCCCCCAGCCCCAGACUGCGGAACACAUUGCUGCCGUCGAGAUUAUGAAGCUCAAGGAGAUUCUCGUCAUCCAGAACAAGGUUGACCUCAUCACCAAGGUCCAGGCAAAACAACAAAAGGAGGAGAUCACAGCCUUCAUCAAAGGUACGGUGGCGGAGGGCUCCCCCAUCAUCCCCAUCUCGGCCCAGCUCAAGUACAACGUGGAGGCUGUGUGCGAGUACCUUGCUCGCUACAUCCCCGUCCCCACGCGCGACUUCCUUUCCGACCCCCGCCUCAUUGUCAUCCGCUCCUUUGACGUGAACAAGCCCGGGUGUGAGGUCGAUGACCUGCAGGGCGGCGUUGCCGGCGGCAGUAUCCUCCACGGCAUCCUCAAGCAUGGACAGGAGAUUGAGGUGCGCCCUGGUAUUGUAACCAAGGACUCUGGCAACAAGUUCAAGUGCAUGCCCAUCAAGUCGCGGGUUGUGUCGCUCUUUGCCGAGCGCAACUCGCUGCAGUAUGCUGUGCCUGGCGGCCUCAUUGGCGUGGGCACGCUGAUCGACCCCACGCUGUGCCGUGCAGACCGUCUUGUUGGUCAGGUCCUCGGCGGCGUUGGUGCUCUUCCUCCUGUCUACAGCGAGCUUGAGAUCCACUACUUCCUGCUGCGCCGCCUCCUUGGUGUCAAGACGGAGGGCGACAAGAAGGCCGCCAAGGUCAGCAAGCUGGGCAAGGGCGAGGUGAUUAUGGUCAACAUUGGCUCCCUGUCCACCGGCUGCCGUGUCCAGAGCGUCAAGGGCGAUCUUGCCAAGGUCUCGCUCACACAGCCCGUCUGCACAGAGCCUGGCGAGGCCAUUGCACUCAGCCGCCGUAUUGACAAGCACUGGCGCCUCAUUGGCUGGGGCAAGAUUGUCAAGGGCCGCGAGCUCAAGCUGCGGUACCGCGAUGGCACCAGCGCGUAA